GUGGUAUCAGCACUGCAGUUUGCCUGCACCAACGAUGUCGAUAUCAAUGUUGACACUGCCGAAAGGCUGGUUAGAGAUGCUCAUAAACAGGGUGCAAACAUUGUUCUCAUUCAGGAACUCUUUGAAGGUUAUUACUUCUGUCAAGCACAAAGAGAAGAUUACAUUCAAAGAGCUAAGCCAUAUAAGGAUCAUCCUACGAUUCUCAGGAUGCAGGAACUUGCAAAAGAGUUAGGCGUAGUCAUACCAGUUAGCUUCUUCGAGGAGGCAAACAACGCACAUUAUAAUUCAAUAGCCAUAAUUGAUGCUGAUGGGAGUGAUAUUGGGAUUUAUAGAAAAUCCCAUAUUCCAGAUGGACCAGGUUACCAGGAAAAGUUCUAUUUUAAUCCCGGUGACACUGGAUUUAAGGUUUUCCAGACUAAAUUUGCAAAGAUUGGAGUUGCUAUUUGCUGGGACCAGUGGUUUCCUGAGGCAGCACGGGCAAUGGCGCUUCAAGGUGCAGAGAUUUUAUUUUAUCCCACUGCUAUUGGUUCUGAACCACAAGACCAGGGUCUUGACUCUCGUGACCACUGGAAGCGUGUAAUGCAAGGACAUGCUGGGGCUAAUUUGGUACCUCUUGUAGCUUCAAAUAAGAUAGGAAAAGAGGUAAUUGUGACUGAGCAUGGGAAUAGUGAGAUUACGUUUUAUGGAAACUCCUUUAUAGCAGGACCAACUGGAGAAAUAGUUGCAGCUGCUGAUGAUAAACAUGAAGCCGUUCUUGUUGCUCAAUUCGAUUUGGACAAGAUCAAAUCCCAGAGACAUUGUUGGGGGGUAUUUCGCGACCGGCGCCCGGAGCUAUAUAAGGUGCUUUUAACAUUUGAUGGCACCAAUCCUAUCGUAUGAUACAUUAGCAUUUCACUUUGUGAUUGCUCAAGAAUCAUAAUUGGGAUGCUUCAAAAUUCUACAUGCUUCAAGAGCACAAGAGUCACUCACAAGGAAAGCAAAGGAACAGCUUACAAAAUAUCAUCUGUCAGAUCAAUGUAACUUAAUAAAUGUGGAACCAAAAAUACUCGGUGAAUAAAUUAUUCAUUUGAAUAAUUUUGAGCGAUGUAUGAACAAUUGAACAUCACUCCGAGCAAUUUCCCUAUGGAGUCUAUUUUAACUGUUCCGGAUUUGCUAUUUAUUGUAAGUGCAUGUAAACGAAUAAAAAUAAAUUUGAAUCUAUGCAAGAGAUCAAUUUUGACUUA